AUGCAGCAUCCCGGAGGAACAUGUGUGGCGUUACCCAACGUGGAUGCCUGUCCCCAGUUGUCCUGCGCCGCCCUCACCUUUAUGUAUUUACAGCAGGCUAACCAGGACACACCAACACCCCCAGAUCCAUCCAUGGCCCAGACUUACACAUCAGCCCAGUUUGCCCCUCCUCCCCAGAAUGGCAUUACCACCGAGUUCACAGCUUCACACCCCCACCCACAUCCACACUCCCAUCCACAUUCACACCAGCACCCAACACCUCAAGACUAUUCUGGGGUUCAGGCCUCUGGCAGUGACCAUCCACUCAAUGUGUACCAAUCUACACAAAGCCACAGUGACCAGAAUGGAUCAGACCUCAGCAAUCAGACAGUCACCGGCACAGCCACACAGACAGAUGAUCCUGCACAGACAGAUAGUCAUCCAACAACACAGACUGUACCUGAGAGCACAGACUGCAAGGCCCAGCCCAAAAGGCUUCAUGUCUCCAACAUCCCUUUCAGGUUCAGAGACCCAGACCUCAGGCAAAUGUUUGGCCAAUUUGGCAAAAUCUUAGACGUGGAAAUCAUCUUCAACGAGCGUGGUUCCAAGGGUUUUGGAUUUGUAACAUUCGAGCAUAGUAUGGACGCCGACAGGGCCAGGGAGAAAUUACACGGCACUGUGGUUGAAGGUCGUAAAAUAGAGGUCAACAAUGCAACAGCCCGAGUAAUGACAAAUAAGAAGGCUGUCAACCCAUAUGCAAAUGGCUGGAAGUUCAAUCCAGUUGUCAGUGCCAUUUACAGCCCAGAAUUCUAUGCAGUGCCAGGAUUUCCCUUCCCAGCAGCCAGUGCAGCAGCAGCAGCAGCAGCCUAUAGAGGAACCCACCUACGAGGUCGAGGACGGACGGUCUACAACACAUUCAGGGCAGCUGCUCCAACUCCUCACAUUCCAGCUUAUGGAGGUGUUGUUUACCAGGAUGGAUUUUAUGGUGCAGAUAUUUAUGGUGGUUACACUGCCUACAGAUUUGCCCAGCCUACUGCUGCCACAGCAGCUGCAUACAGUGACAGUUAUGGACGAGUAUAUGCUGCCGAUCCCUACAACCACACAUUCACUCCAGCAGCCACAUACAGCGUUGGUGCCAUGCUGUUCGCAUGUUCCCUUGGCAUGAAGUGUCUGGCUGUGCUUGCUGCAUGAGGAUUGUGCUGGCCAUGGGUCUUUUCAUCCCCCAUGGGUUUGCACUGGAAAACGAAUGCAUUUACCCCGCUGACAGAUGCCAAAACACGGAGCCAUGUUGAUGACGUUGGACUUGUGCUGUCUUCCCUCCAGGCGAGUAUAUACCGGGGAGGCUAUAGCCGUUUUGCUCCCUAUUAGCA